GCGCUUGGCAGCUGCGUGGACGCGCUCUGACUGGCUGCCGCCGAGGAGAGGGACGACUGAAAAAAAACAACCCACCGCUAACGUGUGACAGGACAACUUUAUUUUAAAUUUACACAGAUUUAAAGCUCAGUAAACCACUUUCACAUUUCAGUAUGGGCCCAAAAAUUAGAGGAUCAACUAGAAGAAAGCGAGAGGAAGAUGAUGAUUAUGUGAAAACAGGCGGGAAAAGGAGGACACGUGGGAAGGGGAAAUAUAUCGGAGCUCAUGUGAGAAUUGCAGGUGGUAUCUGGAAAGCUGUGGAGGAGUGUGUGGAGAUGGGUGGCAGGAGUUUUGGCAUGUUUCUCGGCCCCAAGCGUUCCUGGAAAAGAUCCCCACUAGACCCUGAGUCUGCAGCUAGGUUUCAGGCAGAACUCUUCCUUCGAGGAAUUGACCCAGCUCAUGUAGUUCCUCAUGGGUCCUACCUGAUGAACUGUGGUUCUUCCAAAGCAGAUGUGUACAGGAAAAGUGAGGCCAUGCUGGUGGAUGACCUCCAUCGCUGCAGCCUCCUGGGCCUCAGCCUCUACAACUUCCACCCUGGCUCCACCACAGGCUCCAUCACCACUGAAGAGUGUACAAAGAACAUCGCCAAGGCUAUCAACUUUGCUCACCGCCAAGUUCCUGGUGUGAUUACAGUGCUGGAGAACAUGUGCUGUCAGGGUGGCACCGUGGGUGGAAAGUUCUCCGAGCUGAGAAACAUCAUUGACAGAGUCAGAGACCAGAGCAGAGUCGGAGUGUGUAUCGAUACAUGCCACGCCUUCGCUGCAGGAUACGACCUGGCUGCAAAGGGAGGCUUUAAGCGCAUGUUGAAUGAGUUUGACUGUGAGGUGGGUCUCCAGUACCUGGAAGCCAUCCACCUCAAUGACUCCAGAGGACAACUGGGCUGCAAGCUGGAUCGUCACGAAGAUAUUGGCAGAGGAUACAUUGGAAUUUCUGCGUUCAGAGAAAUUGUCAAUGAGCCAAAACUCAACAACAUUCCUAUGAUUCUGGAGACGCCGACAAGGAGAGGAUUCACAUUUGCAGAUCAGAUUGACCUUCUCUACUCUAUGUGUAAGAAGUAAGAUAAUACUGUCUGACAUUAUUGAUGAAUCAGCGCAGGACACAGUGAGUGCUGAAAAUAAUAUGAUUUUGUCUUAAUUGUUUUCUUUUCUUUGGGCCAGACUUGUUGUUUAUUGUAGAUCCUUCUCUUUAAAGAAGUUGAGAAGUUUAUUCUUUUUUAAACUCAGUAAAUGAAAAUGUACCCUGUUCUGUUUCCUGGGAUAUUGUUUUAUUCUUGGAAUUGUUGUAAUGGCUUUAUUCUGUGACAAUGUGUUUUAGUCUUUAGUCUAAAGUUCCUGUUGAAAAAAAAAUAAUUAAAUGAGUUGGACCUGU